GAUGUGACAUUCUGUUAUUCAUGCCAGUUAUUCUACCAAAAGAACUUCAACUAUAGGGGAGAGUCAUUUGCAACCCAAGGAAAUUCUAAUUGGAAAAAAAACUCUAGCAAAAUUCAGAAAGCAUGAGAAAAGUGAAAUGCAUUUGAAGUCAUUGCAGUUUUGGAAGAAAUACCAGUUUUGUGAUGAAGUUAUCGAUGAUAAUUUAUCUACUCAUUCAAAGCAAAUUGAGGGAAAUAAAAAGUACUUAAAACUUAUAAUUGAAAAUAUUUUAUUUCUUGGAAAGCAGUGUUUACUCUUCAGAAGAAAUGACCAGUCUAUUUCAUCUGUGAAUAAAGGCAAUUUUUUAGAAUUGCUAGAGAUUAGAGCAAAAGACAAAGGAGAACAAGUGUUUCGACUUAUGAAUUCACAACUUGACUUCUAUAAUAGUACACAAAUUCAAAGUGAUAUUGUUGAAAUAAUAAAGACUGAAAUGUUGCAGGAUAUUGUGAAUGAGAUCAAUGUCUCCUCAGCUUUUUCAAUAAUAUGUGAUGAGACAACUGAUAAUGCCAGUAAAGGACAGCUUUCAGUUUGUGUAAGGUACCCACAGAAAACAUCAAAGGCUGUCUUAAUUAAAGAAAGAUUCCUAGGUUUUGUUGAUAUUGAAGACAUGACUGGGUCCCUCUUACACAAGAGCAUCAAAAUUUAUCUGCAGCAAAUUGGAGUUGAUUUUAAUAAAAUAUCUGGCCAGGCCUAUGAUAGCACCACCAAUUUGAGGAUAAAGUUUAAUAAAAUUGCCGCAGAAUUCAAGAAGGAAGAGCCAAGAGCUUUAUACACACAUUGUUAUGCACAUUUUUUUGAGUUAGCAGUAAUUAGGUUUUGUAAAGAAGUAAAAGAACUCUGUGGUGCUCUAAAUACUCUCACUUCUUUGUUCAACAUUAUUCAUAUGUCUGGAGAAAUGUUGGCAAAUUUUCAAAACAUUUGUAAGGUAAGUCAGAAUAAAACAUGCAAAAAGCAUGCAUCACAGUCAUGUUGGAUAGUCCAUGAUUGCACAUUACUAUCUGUGAUCGAUGGUCUUCCAGAGAUUAUUGAAACACUGGAAUUUGAAUCAAGCCAUUCCUCAAACAUACGUUUGGCUGAUGAAAUGAGUGAUGUGUUGAGGUUGGUUUCCAAAUUUGAAUUUAUCUUUUGCUUGAAAUUUCUUUAUCGAGUGCUCAGUGUUACAGGAAUUCUUUCCAGAGAACUUCAAAGUGAAACCAUAGACAUUUUUUCUUUGUCUUCAAAAGUAGAAGCAAUUUUGGAAUGUUUAUCCUCUGAAAGAAAUGAUGAAUAUUUCAAAACUAUCUGGGAUGGGACAGAGGAAAUAUGUAAAAAAAUAACCAGUAAUGGUUUUGAAGUAGAAAAACCUUCUCUUAAAAAAAGAAGAAAAAUUCAGAAAACAGUAGAUCUUGGUAAUUCUGAUAAUAUGUUUUUUCCUACUUCAACAGAAGAACAAUAUAAAAUUAAUAUUUAUUACCAAGGAUUGGAUACUGUAUUACAAAAUUUAAAGUUGUGUUUUUCAGAUUUUGAUUAUUGCAAGAUGAAGCAAAUUUCAGAAUUACUAUUUAAAUGGAAUGAACCAUUAAAUGAAGCAACAGCCAAACACGUUCAAGAAUUUUAUAAGCUUGAUGCAGACAUUAUCGCUGAACUUAGAUUUUAUCGGCAAUAUGCAAAGCUCAACUUUGACAUAGAUUAUGAUUCCAUCAAUUUUGUUAGUCUUGGCUAUUUAUUUAUUCAGCAUGGUCUUUACAAUAAUAUUCCUUGCAUCUCCAAGCUUUUAUAUAUUGCUUUAUCUUGGCCAAUUACUUCAGCAAGUGCUGAAAACUUACUUUCUACACUGCCUCGUCUUAAAACAUAUUUAUUUCAUACCAUGGGACAAGAGAAGCUAAGUGGCCUGGCUCUAAUGGCCAUUGAGCAGGAACUGGUGAAUAAGCUGAUGGAGCCUGAAAGACUCAAUGGAAUUGUAGAAAAGUUUAUCAGUCAGAUAAAAGAUACAUAAUACUUCCUUAAAGAAGUUUGUAUUUCUGUUGGAGGUCUAGUGAAGUUUUGUUUGUUUGUAGCUGGGGCUUACUGUAUUGCCUGGGCUGAUCUUGAAUUUGUGAGAUAAAAUGCUCUACCCAUCUCAGCCUCCCAAGUAGCUGAGACUACAGACACAUGACCACUCUGCUGAGUUUGGAACACUAGUUUUUAUUUGAAAAUUAUGUCUCUCUUAAGAUGCAGCAAUUCACAUUUAAAACUUCAAAAGUUAGGGCUGGAGGCAUGACUCCAGUGGUAGAGCAACUGUCUAGGGUGGCAAAGCCCUGAGUUCAAACCCC